AACGUUGCUUAAGUAAUGUUUUUUUUUCUGCCACUCACAAAAUGGCGGACGUAUGUUAUUGAAGAAACACGGUGGUCAUGCGCAUCUGAACAGCUGAUCGUGCCCUCAGAAAGCAACAUGGCGGACUGGAACAGAGGUCAUGGCUCUGUCGACAGCAUGCUGGAUGCUGAAAACAAACGACUGGCUGAUAACUUGGCCAGUAAAGUUUCCCGACUGAAAUCGCUGGCUUAUGACAUUGACAGAGACGUGGAGGAUCAGAACGACUACUUAGACAACAUGGACUCAAAUUUCAUGAGUGCAACGGGCCUGUUGAGUGGCAGUGUGAAGCGGUUUUCCACAAUGGUCCGAUCUGGCAAAGACAAUCGACGCCUCCUCUGCUACGUCUCCGGAGGGCUGGUCCUGGCCUUCUUUCUUCUCUAUUACCUGGUUUCCAGGAUCCAGAGCUGAUUUCAGGAAAGCAUCGUCAACCCGUGUUGAUGUGAAACUCAGACUGACAAACCUUAGCUGAUAGGCUUGAGUAGCCUCUCGGGUCCUCAUGCUAAGAAAAGACCUUUUUGAUAAAAAGAAACUGGAUGUAUAUAUGUGUAUGUUUAGCAGAACUGAUGUGCAGCAGCUGGUAUUUGCUAUCUCACCUGGGGAAACUAUAGUGGGUGUUGUUAUGCUAAAGAACAGGGAACAUGCCAACAUGCCGAUGCUUCCACACGGAGCUAAGCGAUUCCAAAGUGGAGCAGAAAGAAGGCUUCACUCAAACACGUCAAGGAGGAGUUACCUUCAGCCCUGCUAAGGUCAUGCUUGCAGUCCAGGAUCUACAUGAAGUUUACACCUCGUGAUUGUUUGAGAAGCGUCUAAACAGAAUGGUUGAUCCUCUGCCGUCAUGCUUCUGGUUCACCUCGGGUUUAAGUAAGCAGACUGAAUUUACAAAGUGCUAGUCAUGGAUUCCAAAACAGCCAUGAAAGAAGGGUGGAUGUAACUGAACAUGUGAUCACAGCUACAGCACACCAGGCUGGGAUGCAACCAGAACAGUAAAACCUUUAAGAUCAUAUGGUCAGAUGUCUGUUAGUCUGCUGAUUCAGUUUUUUUAAAAUCCCAAGUUAUAGAAAUAAUAAUCAAGGAUUUUUUUGGGUCUUUACAUUGCUAUGAAAGAAUGAACAGAGGAAUUCUUGGCAAUGUGAAAACUUGAGUCCUGUCCAAGCAAAUUUACCUUCAGUAAACAACAUUUAAUGUCGGUCACAAAAAUUCCUGUUUUCUCUUGAAAAUGUAGUUUCUUUUUGGGGGGAAAUAGGUUUGUGAGCUCAUAAAGUAAUAGUGGUUUAAAACCCAGUAUUUUGUUUGAUUUGAUUUCUUUAUUUCAAACUGGUUUUUAAAAACAAGAAUAAAAGGCAGUGCAUUCUGUUCAGUUUAAUCCUUCAGUAUGUGCAUGUCAGGCUGAUUAGUACUUGUUAGUAGAGUCACAGGAAAACUAGGCUGGUGUGUUUAAGAACCACUGAUAAACUAAAUAGCUCAAAUAAUUUGUCAUUCCUAUCAGCAAGCUUACUCACAAGAUACUAACUGUUACCAUAUUGUAAUUUCCAUGUUCUUUUUUAUGUUUUACUGUGUCUACUUCACCACUUAUUAAUAUCACCCAUUGUUGAAUUUCCAGUUGGUUUUUAGCUUAAUUUUUUUUCUAAGUAUCCAUAAUAGAAAGUUUAGAGAACUGAAUUUUUUUGUAUUUCCCUUUCUUCCCAUCCUCUCCAGUUUACAGGUUUUUUUGGGGGAAUGUUAGUUUUAACAGCAGACUUUUAUUUACUGAUUGAUCAAUAUUCAUCUUUAGCAAAAUACGAGAAAACCCCCUGGGAGAUUUAAAUUUUAAGCAGUUUCUGAUAAAUUGUUAUAGUCUAAUAGGAAACUCCUGACAUGUAAUGCUUAAUUUAAUAUGGAUGAAAUUCAAACUAAUUUUUCUCAAUAUGCCUAAUGCACUGUGUAAAAUACUGUCUGAUUACUUCCUGCUCUCAGAUUACAUAAAUGAAUUACUCUACCAGUAAAUGAAUAUUUCUCACUAAUAAUUUGAUUGUUUCUUCUGGAAUAUAAUGCUAACUUUUCAGAUGUUUUAGAGGGCUCAAAUGCAUUAUAGCAAAAUUAAUUACUGUGUUUCAUUUAAAUAUUGAUCAUAAAAUGAUCAAGAUGUUCUAAGUUGUUUUCAUGAAAAGUGCUUUGAUAUUUUGUUUCAUUGGCUGUUUUGGAGGCAUAAUUGAAGCACAUUGCACACAUUAAAGGGAACAGUGAGCACUUUAUUACUCUUCAGUAACUUGUCUGAAUAAUAUAGAGCACAUCCACAGACAUGUAACAAAAGUAGAAAAUAUUGAAACUGAUCAAAAGCCUCCACUUUUUUCUUUUUACUUUUUUAGCUCACUAUACCAGAAAGUUCUGCUGCACUACAAAGAAGCCCUUCAUAGCAAAAACUUUUAAUGCCUUAGUCACAGAUUUAAAAUAAUUUGUUGUAAAUAUUAUCUGCAAGUGAUUUAUUUUGCUGUUAUUUUUAUGUUGUCUCUUGUUAAAAUGCUUACAUGGUUUUCCAUGGAGUUUAAAUGGAGCUGGUUUGUUCUAAGUGUGUUCAUAAGCAGAUGUGAAUGGAUAAUGUCAUGUGUUCAGUGAAAGGGCUCAGGGUUAGGGCUGACAAAGUUCAUAUUCUGUUCUAUUCAGGUAAAUUUGUUGCAGCCAAUAUAUAAUUUUUAUUUUAUGAAUGAUUUUGUAAUUCAGUAUGAAUAAUGUUCCACCACAGGCGGCCCUGUGGAAGUGCAAACAAGGAAUCUGCUCUGAAACGCCAGGAAACUGAAACAUGAAAAUUAAUAGAAGUCAAAAACACUGAUUUUAAGACAGUUUUCAACGAGUUAGAGAACAAAGCAUGGGUAUUUUGAUGAUGUAAAUAUAUUUUAAUAAUCGUUACUUGGAUUUACAAAAUAUACAUACAUAAAUUUC